GGGCGGGCCCGCGGUCGCCGCUUCCUGUUGUGUACCGGCCGGCUGUCUGUCUGUCUGUGCUGCAUCGGUGCCGAUCGCUCUUCAUGUCCGAAUGGCGUUCGUGAAGAAGCAGCUGCGCUGCAAGGAGAGGUUUACUCUGUUGCUGCUCGACCUUGAAGAGUAUUACUUUGACCAUCACACAUUUUAUCAUGUAUUUACCAACAACAAAGGAGAGAAAAGAACAAUCAAAGGCUCCCUGAAGAUUUGUUCCAAAUCAUUGAUCUUUGAACCAGAUCAAAUAUCAGAACCAAUUUUAAAGUUCCCAUUCAGAGACUGCAGCAGAAUUGAAGAGAUAGAAGAUAAGAACUCUGGAUAUCUUUAUGAAGAAAAUCGAAUUAGUGGAUUCUGCAUUACAUGCCAGCAGAUCUGUUUAAUCAAAGAACAAAGUGUGGUGGCUCCAUAUAAAAUGGAAAGAGGCUCAAAGGAUUACAUUUUCAGAAUAGAAGACACUUCAAAAGCAGAAGAUGUUGUGCAAAGUUUACUUCAGCUUCACAGAGCUUCUCAGUUGGAUAAAAUGGCAGACCAAAUUGCAAUGGUCACAGCCAUUUUGCAGUCUCGAUUGGCUCGAACUUCAUUUGAUAAAAACAGAUUCCAAAGUGUUACUGAAAGGCCGCACAUGGAAUGUGAGGCUGAAAUGGUCACCCCUUUGGUAUCUAACCCAGGGCACGUCUGCAUCACAGAUCAAAACUUAUAUUUCCAGCCUCUGAAUAGCUAUCCAGAGACAGUGGUACAAAUAAUGUUGCACGACGUGAGGCGCAUUUACAAAAGACGUCAUGGAUUAAAACCUUUGGGUCUUGAGAUAUUUUGCACAGAAAAUGAUCUUUGUUCUGAUAUCUACUUGAAAUUUUACAACUCCAAAGACCGUGAUGAACUCUAUUACUAUAUUGCAACAUUUUUAGAAAAUCACAUUACUGAACAGACAGCUGAAAGCUAUAUGCUACAGUGGCAAAGAGGACAUUUCUCAAAUUAUCAGUAUCUGCUGCACCUCAAUAAUCUGGCUGACCGCAGCUGUAAUGAUUUAUCUCAGUAUCCUGUCUUUCCUUGGAUCAUAGCUGAUUACACUUCUUCAGAAUUAGAUCUUUCAAAUUCUGAAACAUUUCGUGACCUCGGGAAACCAGUGGGUGCCUUAAAUAAAGAACGACUUGAUCGAUUGUUGAGUCGCUAUCGAGAAAUGCCUGAACCAAAGUUCAUGUAUGGAAGUCACUAUUCUUCCCCAGGUUAUGUUCUCUUCUACCUUGUGAGAGUUGCGCCCGAGUACAUGUUGUGUUUACAAAAUGGGAAGUUUGACAAUGCUGAUAGAAUGUUCAACAGUUUUGCAGAGACAUGGAAAAAUUGUUUAGAAGGAGCCACAGACUUCAAAGAGUUGAUACCAGAGUUUUAUGGCACAAAUUCCAGCUUCAUUGUAAACAGUUUGAAGUUGGAUCUUGGAAAAAGGCAAGGGGGGAAAGCAGUGGACUCCGUGGAACUUCCACCAUGGGCAACAGGUCCUGAUGAUUUUCUAACGAAGAACAGAAAUGCUUUAGAAAGUCAGUAUGUUUCUGAACAUCUACACGAGUGGAUUGAUCUGAUAUUUGGCUAUAAGCAAGGGGGAAGUGAAGCCAUUGCAGUCUACAAUGUGUUUCAUCCUUUGACUUACGAAGGAGGAGUUGAUUGGGACAGCAUUGAGGACCCAAAUCAGAAGAUAGCAAUGCUAACCCAGAUACUAGAGUUUGGACAGACUCCAAAACAGUUGUUUACCGGUCCACAUCCUCAAAGAAUAAUGCCAAAGUUUCAGAACCUUUCCCGAGGAUUCAGCCGUGGUUCUUCCAUGACAGAUUUAUCUCCAGUAUCUCCCUGUGAAGAUUCAUUUGAAGACCUGACAGAGGAAAGCCGAAAACUAGCAUGGAGUAACAUCAGUAAACUAUAUAUAGUGUACCAGCAAAAGAUUCACAAGGAAGCAGUAACUGGAAUCACUGUUGCUGGUAAUGGAACUACAGUCUUCACGACUUCACAAGACUCAACACUAAAGAUGUUUUCCAAAGAAACCAGAUUGUUACAACGGAGUAUGUCCUUUUCACAUAUGGCUCUGUCGAGUUGUUUGUUACUGGACGAUACAACUGUUGUAUGUUCGUCUUGGGACAACAAUGUGUAUUUUUACUCAGUAGCCUAUGGGCGACGACAGGAUACUUUGAUGGGUCAUGAUGAUGCUGUUAGCAAGGUCUGCUGGUUCAACGAUCAUUUAUACACUUCUUCUUGGGAUUCUACUGUCAAGGUCUGGAGGUGCCCCUCAGCUGAUCUCUCUACCUCUCGGAAGAAUAACUGUGAACUAAUGGCUGAGCUGGAACACGAGGCGGGUGUAAAUACAAUCUGCUUGAAUCCUAUAGGCACAAUGCUUGUUUCAGGCAACAAAGAAGGGACCAUUAGCAUUUGGGAUCUCACCAACUUCACAAUUUUACAUCAAAUUCCUUGCCAUUUAGGCACUGUCAAUGAUGUAUCGUUCAGUCCUGAUAGUCGACACGUUCUCAGUGCGGGAGAAGAUUGUUGUCUUAAAGUAAUUGACGUACAGACAGGGAUGCUGAUCUCCUCCUUGCCUACAGAUCAGCAACAAAGGUGUUUUUGCUGGGAUGGAAACACUGUUCUUUCAGGCAGUCAGUCUGGAGAACUUGUAGUGUGGGAUCUGAUGGCAGCAAAAAUGACCAAAAAGAUUAUUGCACAUUCAGGUGCUGUCACAUGUAUGUGGAUGAAUGAGCAAUGCAGCAGUAUCAUAACAGGAGGAGAAGAUAAACAAAUUAUUUUCUGGAAGCUGCAAUAUUAAGUGCCUUUUUUUCAAAAUCUUUUAUGACGUGUUUCUUGCACUUUUUUCUAAAAUAACAUGAGGCAAGAGCUGACUUAUUGAAGCUUCGUAACCACAAAUUUGAGUAGUCAUUUAAGAAAAUAAAUCUAUUCUGUGGAAAUGCUCACUCAGAUAACUUACCAAAGCAGAAAAUUCAGAUGCAUGGAAACAUUAGAUCUCUGGCGUGAUUGCUUGCAAGAUCAACUAUAUUUUUGAAUGUUUCCAAUUAUGGAAACAAUGGGAAUAUAAAUAAUUGUACUUGCAUUUGUCCACAUUUUGUACUUUUUAAAACUAUUGGAUUUUAGUUGCUAUGUAGAGGUGUUUGGCAUUAAGAUAUAGUAAUAUGCAUUAUUUUAACGUUGUGUAUUUCCUUUAACGUUAAUAAUGUGUGUGAAUCUAGUCAAUUGUAUUUGGUUAAGACUAGUCUUUAGUUGGUAGAAAUAUUUUUCAUAGGAUUUUUAUCAUGACCCAAGCUUUGUUUCAUUGGUAGCUUAUUUUACUAUCAUUUCAGUGCUCAAAAUCCAUUCAUGUCAUUGUAGAUUGUCUGUGGAAACAGAUGGAUUUUAAAAAUCUAUUGUUGUUUUUAAAGUAGGAUGAAUUCUAGUUUAAAAGGUGCUCAGUUUACACAAAUAUGGUCAGGUGCCCACAAUGAAGAUUAUGCCUUGAUUCCUUUGGAGGCUAAAAACAAGUUUUAUAAUUACUGACAAAAGAUUAAAUGCGAUAUGAAGUAACUUUCAGGUAUCUUGGAUGUGAUUAAGCCCAUUUGAGGGGCUAUUGUUGCAGAUGUGCCAUUCCCAGGAGUAUAUACAUAAUUACAAGAAAAUUUGCUCAAAAUGGCAUUAAAAUAUUUGUCAACUGACGUUAUCUUAGUUAAUUAUAUUCACAUUAUUGGAAUUUUGUAAAUAAUUGAAAUCUAUAUGUGCAUGUGAAUGUACUCUUGGUUCAUCUAAUAGAUUAUACAUUCAAGAUGACUAAUUUGAACUUUAGAUUCUGUUCUGCACAAGGUGCAAAUUCAUUAAAAUUGGGUAUCAUCAAAUUGCAA